GGGUCUGACCCGAACUUGCUUCCCUCUCUUCCAGUGCCCCAGGUGAAGGAGAGCCGCCGUCCCCUCCGUUCCCCUGGAUGCUGGGCGGCCAGGGCCGGUUCUCGCCGUCGCCCAAGAUGGCGACCUUGAAACGGAGCCACCAGCAAGCCUGGCCGGAGGAGGAGGGGGACUGGGAGCAUGGCCUCUACAGCCUCCACCGCAUGUUUGACAUUGUGGGCACCCACCUGACUCACCGCGACGUCCGCGUGCUGUCGUUCCUCUUCGUGGACGUCAUCGACGACUACGAGCGGGGCAUGAUCCGCAGCGGGCGGGACUUCCUCCUGGCGCUAGAGCGACAGGGCCGCUGCGACGAGACCAACUUCCGCCAGGUGCUGCAGCUGUUGAGGAUCAUCACGCGCCACGACCUGUUGCCGUACGUCACCUUGAAGAGGAGGAAGGCUGUAUGCCCGGACCUCGUCGAUAAGUAUCUCGAAGAGACUUCAAUUCGCUAUGUGACCCCCCGAGCCCAUAGCGGUACGGAGCAUGUUCCUGUGCACCAACACAAAUCUGUGCCUCCCCACCACCCGUUGGUCUGCUGCUCCUCUUCGGGUCCCCAGAUCUGCACCAAGCGGUCCGGCCGGGGAAGGGCGCUACUCGGGAACCAGCGGAAAAGGAGGAAGUCUGUGACGCCGGAUCCGAAGGACAAACAGACCUGCGAUAUCCGCCUCCGAGUCCGGGCCGAAUACUGCCAGCACGAGACGGCCCUGGAGGGCAACGUCUUCUCCAACAAGCAGGACCCCCUGGAGCGCCAGUUUGAACGUUUCAGCCAGGCCAACACGAUCCUGAAGUCGCGGGACCUGGGCUCCAUCAUCUGCGACAUCAAGUUCUCGGAGCUGACGUACCUGGACGCCUUCUGGCGCGACUACAUCAACGGCUCCUUGCUGGAGGCGCUGAAGGGCGUCUUCAUCACAGACUCGCUCAAGCAGGCCGUGGGCCACGAGGCCAUCAAACUCCUGGUCAAUGUGGAUGAAGAGGAUUACGAGGUGGGCCGCCAGAAACUCCUGAGGAACUUGAUGCUGCAGACGGCCCCUUGAACCCCGGCGGUGGAUAGUUCGUGGGUUGUUGUUUUUUUUUUGUGUCCCCCCCUCCUUUUUUUUUUCUUUUCUUCCUGCCCCGCCUCUCCUUGGGAGGAAUAUUUUUUUUUUUUUCCUUUUUGGGGCAAAAUUAUUUUCCUUAAAGAAAAGGGAGGGGGAAGAAAACGGGGAAUUAUAUCUCCAAGGAACGAAAUCGGUCACGUAUACUGAAUGAAGUCUUUUUUGCGUGGGAGGAUAUGCUGGGGUUUUCUUUUUUCUUCCCUUCUUCCUCCAGGGGGGAACUGGAAGUGGGGAGUCGGAGGAGAGGCCGGUCUCACACCUCUGCCUCGAGGGAGCCCCUUUUUCCCUGGGCUCGCUGAGCAUCGGGGGGGGGGGGAGCCCUCCCCCCCAAAAGGUGUCCGGCGGUCCUUUCUUCCCGCCUGCCCCUCUUGUGCUUGUCCGACUUUUCUGUCGUUCCGGUGUCGUUGCCAUCGAUUCAUUUGCCCACCGUCACCCCACACAACGCAGGCCCCUCCUCGAUUCAUCAUCCCCUUUCCUAUUAAAAGAAGCUUCUUCUUGGCCCCCAUUCCUGUCUCUCUGCAAGGGAAGGGGGGGCGGAAAGGGAGGCCUUGGCUCCUGGGGAGGGGGAGGGGGCUCGGCCUCCCCAUCGGGGUGGGGUGUCUUUUUCUUUUUUUUUAAUUUCCACCCAGCUGCUCCGCCGUCUGUAGCAACGGCAUUAAAGCAGGGCGGUCCAAUGAAAGGAGAGGUGGAGGUGGGGGUCUCGCGUGAAGCUCCACCAAGGUGGGGCACGAGACGAGGGUGAGCCACGGCUGCUGCUCUGACCCCCCCCCCCCCCCACUUUGGCGUGGGACAGGGAGAUGGCCUUGUUGGGUCAGAGACCAGGAGGAGGCUGGCCGCUUUCAGACGCACAGACUCCCGCUCCCAGAAUUCCCCAGCCAAGCCCACAAGUCUGGAAAGCGGCCGCGGUUGGAGAGCCUCCCCCCCCCGGCCCGCCCGGAGAUCGAGGACCCCUCCCUUUGGGUAAGCAGCUCCUCUGAAGACGCGCUCUCGGCUCCGUCCCUUCUUUCCAUCCCACCUGUGCCUUUUCCUCUCGCCCUUCGGCCUCCAGGGAGGAAGGAGAACGGCCUCUCCUCUUCCCCUCCUCAGCCGUGCAACCUCCCCCCGACCCCCCCCAAGAUGGAAAGGAAGACCUCUGCCACCUGGAGAAGGGACUCCUUUGUUGGAGGAGCUGAGGGGCCUUUAUGGGGUCCUGUUGGCUUAGCUGACCGGUUCUGCUCCUCCUGACUUCCCUCCCUGUGGGACAAAACCCAAAUAGCUCCAAAAGAUGCUUGGAGACCGACAGGAGCUGCUCUUGCUUCCUUCCCAGGGUGCUGAGCGCCUGUUAACGUCCAAAUUUCCAUUUUUCUCUGGGGAGACGGCCAGGUUGUCCCCGGGCUCUGCCGGGGUUCAGCUGUGGGGAUUACGUUUUGGGUAGUCAUCCCCCC